AGGGACAAGAUGGCUACGGAACCAAAUAAGACUGAAAUCCUCACCAUUUUCAAAAGAUUAAGAUCUAUUCCGACAAACAAGGUAUGUUUUGACUGCGCAGCAAAAAACCCCAGCUGGGCGAGUAUUCCCUAUGGUGUGUUCUUAUGCAUUGACUGCUCUGGCAUCCACCGCUCACUGGGAGUGCAUCUCAGCUUCAUCAGAUCCACUGAGUUAGACUCCAACUGGAACUGGUUUCAGCUUAGAUGUAUGCAGGUGGGAGGCAAUGCCAAUGCGACUGCAUUCUUCCGCCAGCAUGGCUGCUCUACAAAUGACACCAAUGCCAAGUACAAUAGUCGUGCAGCCCAGAUGUACAGGGAGAAGAUUCGGCAACAAGCAAAUGCCGCGUUGUCCAAAUAUGGCACAGAUCUAUGGAUUGACUCUUCUGGAGGAAGCACUACCACAGCCCCUGAGAAGAAAGAGACAGACUUUUUUGCCGAACAUACACAGCCUGCUAACGACUGGAGCAUGGCGCCGUCCUCUGAGCAAGAGCAGAAUGGAGCCACUGUCACCCCACAGCUGACGGACACAGCACCCAAAGGCCAGGAUGACAACCAGCCAGAGGAAGGACCGAGCAUUGAUGGUCUGAGCACAUCACCCAAAGCUUCCAUUGAUGUGAAACCUUCCAUUAUUGGAAAGAAGAAGCCCAUGGCUGCCAAAAAAGGGCUCGGUGCAAAGAAAGGUCUCGGUGCCCAGAAGGUGAGCAGUAAGAGUUUCUCUGAGGUGGAGAAACAGGCGCAGGUGGCUGAGAAGCUCAGAGAGGAGCAGGCUGCUGAGGCAAAGAAACAAGCCGAGGAAUCCAUCGUGGCCUCGAUGCGUUUGGCUUACAAAGAGCUGGAGAUCGACAGGAAGAUGGAGGAAAAGAAGCUUCAGACCAUGGAAGGCAAGAAGAGGGAGCAGGCCGAGAGGCUGGGCAUGGGCUUUGGAAACAGGAGCGCCGUGUCUCACUCAGUGAUGUCAGAGAUGCAGGUGAUCGAGCAGGAAACCCCUGUGGGAGCAAAGUCCUCCUCUCGCUCCAAACUGGAUAUGUUUGAUGAGCCGGGCUUCACCUCUGGACCCCCGAAGUAUAAGGAUAACCCAUUUACAGUUGGAGAUAGUUUUGGGUCCCGGUGGGACACUGAUGGAGGAAGUGCCUCCUUCACCACCUCCUGGGCUCUGGAGAAAGAGGACCCCAAAGAGGAGGUCACCAUCUCUAGUAUUCAGCCAAUUGGGGAGAGACUUCCCAGCAGAAGAAAAGCCGAGGUAUCGGCUCCAGUGUCGGAGUCGAGCGAGGCCAGGCAGAAGUUUGCCAACGCAAAGGCGAUCUCUUCUGACAUGUUCUUUGGUCGGGAGAGCAGCGCCGAGUACGAUGCGAAGACAAGACUGGAGAGCAUGUCCGGGAGCACCUCCAUCAGUUCAGCUGACCUGUUUGGGGAUGGCAGUGACCAUAAAGGGAGGGCAUCAGGCUUUGACAGUGUGCUCCCCUCCGGCCCCGACAUUGCACAGUUCAAACAGGGAGUGAAGACUGUAGCAGGCAAGAUGGCUGUCCUCGCUAACGGUGUCAUGAACACGAUCCAGGAUCGUUAUGGCUCCUACUGAUCGGCCCUGACGACGAGCAGCAGCCUGUGGGAACACACACUAACUAACGUCUGCGUAGAGCCAACCAGCCUCCUGACUGACACGUGCAUUUGGGCGGAAGAGAUGGGACGAGGGAGAGACGGGGAGCAGAGAGGAUUGCAUGGGGGAAAAGAAAUCGUCCUUCUCGCCCGUCCCUCUUUUAGAGACAAUUUUACAGGAGUGAGACUGUAUUUUCUUCUCUCAUCCUCAUUAGCAGACUCUUGAGUUUUAUUUUCAUAAAGGAAACCAUCGAAGGGUGUAGUCUUUUCUAAACCAAGAGUUUUGUUGUAAUUUACUGUCGAGAAUUUUUUGGUCUUAGAUUUUCAAAAAAUGGCGUCAGAGUUAAUUCUACUAUAUUUUAUUCCUCCUGCAUAAAUCAAAGUGUUGUUUUUGAUUCAUAUUAUCAAAUUCAUGCUUAUGUCUUUUAUUUUGUUUUAUUGUGAUAUUAAAAAAAGGUGCAGUAUAUAUUUUCAAAUUUUAGCGUUAAUUUGAACAAGAAUCCACGGUGUUUUGCAUUCGGUGUUUGAUUCACUGCUGCUCGCUCACAGUAGAGUUUGUCCACAGGUUAGGUUUUUUUAUUUACACAAAGCAUUGACAGACAAUUUCAGACAAUUUGUGAGCUUGGACCCACGCACUUCUCUCUGGGUGGAAGUAUAUACUCUGAAACACUGGAGCAUCAGAUACAUGAUGUCCAAGCUGCUGUGGUUAUUUAUUUUCUAUCUAUUGGGGGUACAGGGUGCGAUACCUCUGGUUUGGCUCAUAUCCCAGCAAAGUGUUGUGCAUUGGAAUUGGAGGGAUUAAGGGGGCAUGAAAUUAAAAUAGAUAAGAGGGUAUUGAUACAGACAUCAGAUAGAACAUGCUAAGUCCCAGCUCAUAAAACAGCGACACUUUUGACUAUGCAUCUCCAUUUUUACAACCGUUUCUUUCAUGUUUCUGCCAGUUGAAUCUGAAGUCUGCCUCUGUGUACCUCAGCUCUGAAAAAACAAGACGUUUUGUUGGCACUGCCUUUUUCUCUCUCAACAGUUGAACCUUUUAUUUUUGGAAGGCUGGUGUCUUGCAGUUUACAUGUUUAUCUUUUCAGACAUUUUGGCCAAUGAAAAAUAUUCCUGACAUUCAAGGUGUAGAACAUCAUAAGGGUUGUGCCUCUAACUGAUGAUGAUGAUGAUGAUGAUGAUGAUGAUCUUCAGACAAAAUGAUGUGUCUUCGGGACAAAGAAGCCUUUCAGUAUUUCUCUAACACCGGCCAGGGAGCAUGCAAGUGAAUCCAACAAAAUGCAUCUAGUGUGAACCUCUGAUAGAACCAGUCUUAUUUAACAUGGUCACACCCUGUCCAUCAGUUUCCUGUUAGUGAUGAAGCUCGUCUCAAACCCUCAGUACUGUCACUUUGUUCCCGGCAGACUUGACAUUCAACACGUUAUUGAAAGGAUUGUCCGUGCAGUUGAGGUCUGGAUUCCGGUUCGUAAUUUUGUUUGAAAGACCAGGGUGUCAUAUUUUUCCUAGCGUGGCCAUGCCUGUGUAUGUCCCAACCGUGAUAAACUCUCCAAAUAGUAACAACCAUGUGGACUGAAAGGAUGAAACAUUGGACUAUUUAUUUGUAGGCUACAAAAAGAAACCUAUUCAAUAUGUUAAUAAAGAUCGAAAACCUC